AUGGAGAAGAGGUUUAAGUGUGUUGUUCAUCAUUCUGAACUCAAUGAUGAAGUUGUUGUGGAUGUGGGAGCUGACUUAGGAGUUGAUGAAAUUGUUGCGGGUGAUGACAGGGCUGGAGUAGGAGUUAAUGAAGAUGUUGUGCAUGAGGGAGAUAACUUGGGAGUUAAUGAAAAUGUUGUUGAUGCGGGAGUUGACUUAGGAGUUAAUGAAGAUGUUGUGGAUGUGGUGAGGGAAAAGGGUAGUGAAGACAGUCCUUUAGAUGUCAAUUUUGAAGACUCGGAGAAUGAUAUAGGAAUUGAUGGAGAGAUAACAGUUGAUGAUGAGAAAGUGAGUACAAAGGGAAAGGCAAAGGGCAAGGAAAAUGGAAAGGCAAAGGGUAAGGAAAAAGGCAAGGGAAAUAUGGAAGGAUCAAGUGAAGGGAGUGGUUCACUUGGUGAUGUGAAUGAAGGUCAUAUCUUAGAGGAAAAUUUAAGAGGAUUAAGUGACAUUUAA